AUGGCAAGUUUUAUUAAAGCAAAUCGAUCAUAUUUUGAAUACGAAAUCUCCAAUAUCUCUCAGCUAAUACACGCAAUAUAUGGACCUCCGUUCGCUCACGAAUUUCGUUCUAAACAACUUUGGCAUUUGGUCAUUAAGCCGCUGAAAGAUUAUUGUGUUAUAUACUUGGAACAAGUGUCCACUUUAAAUGCAAAACAGUGUGAUGAAUUUAUGGCAAGACUUUCAAUGUGUAAUCAUAAAAUUCAUGUUAGAAGGUCGGAUGGCACUGAAAUUUUACCGAUUAAUAAUUUAAGUAAUAAAAAAGAUACUUAUAAAGUAUUCAGAAGAUCUUGUCUGAAAGAUUCACCAAUAAUAAUCGGUAUUGAGAUGCUAAAACCUGAAUUCAGUCAAAACCCUUCUACCGCCUUCUCUUCAACCACUCCGCCCACAUUUAACAACAUAGCUAAAGAAAUUUCACCUUCAAAAGUAAAGACUAUUUGGACUGAAGAAUUACAUAAUCCCGCGACUGCCGAUGUUAGAUUCAUGAUUGAUGAUCAUGAAUUAUUCGCAAGUAGUUCUAUCCUUGCGAAAAGAUCUAAAUGUUUUAAAGAGAUAUUUGAUGAAAUGAAACGUGAUACAAAAAGUGAAAUUAAUGAAAAACUCGGUAUUCGUGAAAAAGGAAAAUCCGAUAUUGGUGAAAGUGAUGAGAAACUACUCACCAUUCCGGAUGAAGAAGAAAGCUGGUCUUCUUUUGAUGACACUCUUUCAAUAGCUUCUACAACCUCAUCUACUGAAACUGUGUUCACUCCACCCUCAAAACCUCCUUUUAAAUCACAUGAAUUCGAUUAUGAAUUAGUAAUUUCAGAUUUUCCAUAUAACUCAGUUCUCCAAAUGCUUCAAUUUUUAUAUACCGACGAUCUGCCCUUCACUGAUAAAGUUUCUUCCAACUCCUAUUCUAUCUCCGAUGAAAUAUAUUCCCUAUAUGGUAUCGCUGAUAAAUACCAAAUACAUGACCUAAAAAUCCAUCUCAAGAAACUCAUUCUCUGUAAUAUUAGAUUAGAAACUUGUGCGGAAAUGUUAUUCAAACACGUUUGGAAAUGGCCAGAAUUAAAACGUGUCGUUAUGCCAUUUGUAGUAAAGUACUUUGCAAAAAUUAAGUGUACGCAAGGUUAUUUAAAUAUAUUAGAAAAGUGUAAAUGUGGGGAUAAAGGGAUAAAAAGUUGGAAGUUCAAUGCUCUUUCAGUUUGA